ACGUGAGCGCGAUUCGCGAUCUGUCUUACCUUUUUGCUGUGGACCACGUGGACACGCUUUUUGCUGUGGACCACGUGGACAGGUUAUCCUUUGCAAAAGUAUCGUACUCGUAGUAAUUGCAAAUAUGCAUGACAAAUCUUCUUCCUAAGGUAAAACAGCAUUACAAAUUUUUUUAUGUCUCAUGCUGAGGAAAUUUGUGAUGCAAUUUGUACUAGUACGAUACUUUUGCACAGCAUACAGGAGCGCGAUCGACAACAAUUCGCGAGAAGUAGCGGAACACCCAAAGUUCUACUCGUCGGAAAAGCUGCCGGACGCGAGGCUAAUGGUCAUGACGGACGAGGAGAAAGUCUCUCAUGAGGAGUAUCGCGAGAAAAAACUGUUUCACUGUGAACUUGUGAUGCACAGAAUAGAACACAUUAACUAUUUGGCUUGCUACACCUGCAUCGAACAUUGGAUUUUCAAGCGUGUGUUUUUCCCUUUGGGAAAUGCGCGCAUGGCGGAUUUUCUGUGUCAUGUGUAGCAAACUUGUGAUGCGGAUAUUGCAAGAUCAUCACAGUGAAGCAGUUUUUCCGUGGGAUAAGGAGGGUGAAACCAUCCAUGUGCCAGCCGACCGGAUCAAACUUGACGAUCCCGCUGUUCUCCGUGUGCUCGGUAUCUACAGAAAAAAACCCAUCCACAUCCAAUUUGUCAUGCAAAACACGUAUCAAAUCAAUAUCGUGUGUUUGUCAUGCAAAAAAUGGAUGUGGAUGGGUUUUUUUUCUGUGGAUACUCGGACCCGAAAUACUACUGCAUUCCUCGAAUCCCUGGCACGACACUUUCCUCCCAGAGUUUUCUGUGGAGAACUGGAACGUGAGCGGGGUCGAGGACUUCGGCUCCAUGUUUCUCAAUUUGUUAGAUUUCAACCAGAACAUCGGGGAUUGGGACAUGCGGUCGGCAAAAGACGUGUCCCAAAUGUUCCGGAACGCGAUUUCUUUCAACCAAAACCUGAGCCGCUGGAGGUUUCCUGCCAUGGAGAUGAACAAAGCGACGCACUUGCACAUGCACUUCCGAACUAUGUAGCUCUGGAUGAACCUUAUUUCCGGACCCACGGACGGACGUGGCGCUGGACGCGCGCUGCGUUACAGAUACAGUUGAUGGGGGAUCAUCAGGGCAGCAGGGAUGUGUUGCGCCUCACGCUUGGUGGUGAAGAGCUGGUGUCCAAGCCUGGAGCUGCGGGAAGCGCAGAAGUAGACCACGGAGAGCAGCCGGUAGAAGUAGGGCGAAAAUGGGAAAGGGCCCUCGAGUUCACCUAUCGCGAUACCGGGCGAGAGUACCAAUUGGAAGGGAUUGGCGGAGAUUGGUAUAGGUAUUAUCUGGCCAUGAUCCGAAAUCAUAGAGCGGCAGCAGGUAAUAUCAUGGUGGACCCGCAUGCUACGUUUGUGUCGGGACCACCGCCAGGGUUGUGAG